AUCUUCUCGUUGAUAUGUUGGGGGUUCUUGCUAGCUACAGCAUUACCGUUAAGGAAUUGAAGCUUUUGUUCAGCAUGCUUCGUGGUGAAAAUGGAAUAUGGCCCAGACAUGCAGUCAAGCUGUUGUCAGUCCUUAAUCAGAUGCCACAGAGGCAUGGUCCUGAUACUUUUUUCAACUUUCCAGGCUGCAGUGCUGCAGCAAUUGCAUUGCCUCCAAUUGCCAAGUGGCCUUAUCAAAAUGGGUUUACGCUUAACACUUGGUUUCGCAUGGAUCCAUUGAAUAAUAUUAAUGUAGAUAAAGAUAAACCAUAUCUUUAUUGUUUUCGCACCAGCAAAGGGGUUGGCUAUUCUGCACAUUUUGUUGGUAACUGUUUGAUAGUCACAUCAUUGAAAUCAAAAGGCAAAGGUUUUCAACACUGUGUGAAGUAUGAUUUUCAGCCUCGCAAGUGGUACAUGAUCAGCAUUGUGCACAUCUACAAUCGCUGGAGAAAUAGUGAAAUCCGUUGUUACGUUAAUGGUCAGCUAGUAUCCUAUGGUGACAUGGCUUGGCAUGUGAAUACAAAUGAUAGCUACGACAAAUGUUUUUUGGGAUCAUCUGAAACUGCUGAUGCAAAUAGGGUUUUUUGUGGUCAACUCGGGGCAGUCUAUGUAUUUACUGAAGCUCUUAACCCAGCACAGAUUUUUGCUGUACAUCAGUUAGGACCUGGAUAUAAGAGUACUUUCAAAUUUAAAUCUGAAAGUGAUAUUCACCUUGCUGAACACCAUAAGCAAGUUCUCUAUGAUGGGAAACUUGCAAGUAGUAUUGCUUUCACCUACAAUGCUAAGGCUACAGAUGCUCAACUAUGCCUUGAAUCUUCACCAAAGGAAAAUCCUUCAAUUUUUGUACAUUCUCCCCAUGCUCUUAUGCUUCAGGAUGUGAAAGCGAUUGUGACGCAUUCAAUCCACAGUGCGAUUCAUUCAAUAGGAGGAAUCCAAGUUCUUUUCCCUCUGUUUGCUCAAUUAGACAAUCGGCAACUUCAUGACAGUCAAGUGGAAACAACUGUCUGUGCUACACUUUUGGUUUUCUUGGUGGAACUCCUUAAGAGUUCAGUAGCCAUGCAAGAACAAAUGCUGGGUGGAAAAGGAUUCCUAGUGAUUGGUUAUCUUCUUGAAAAAUCAUCCAGAGUUCACAUAACAAGAGCUGUGCUGGAACAAUUUCUGUCUUUUGCAAAAUACCUUGAUGGGCUUUCUCAUGGAGCACCUCUAUUAAAGCAAUUGUGUGACCAUAUCCUUUUUAAUCCUGCUAUUUGGAUUCAUACUCCUGCAAAGGUUCAAUUAUCACUAUAUACCUACUUAUCUGCUGAAUUCAUUGGUACUGCUACUAUCUACAAUACAAUACGUAGAGUAGGAACAGUAUUACAACUAAUGCACACACUAAAAUAUUACUACUGGGUGGCUAAUCCUGCAGAUAGCAGUGGAAUUACUCCUAAAGGCUUGGAAGGUCCUCGACCAUCCCAGAAGGAAAUCAUAUCUCUGAGAGCAUUCAUGCUUCUAUUUUUGAAGCAGCUUAUUUUGAAGGAUCGAGGAGUAAAAGAAGAUGAACUACAAAGUAUAUUGAAUUACUUACUAACUAUGCAUGAGGAUGAAAAUAUUCAUGAUGUGCUUCAGUUGCUAGUGGCUUUAAUGUCUGAACAUCCAGCAUCUAUGAUACCUGCCUUUGAUCAAAGAAAUGGAAUACGGGUAAUUUAUAAACUAUUAGCUUCAAAAAGUGAAAGUAUUUGGGUUCAGGCUCUGAAGGUGCUAGGAUAUUUUCUCAAACAUCUGGGUCAUAAGCGAAAAGUUGAAAUCAUGCAUACACAUAGUCUGUUUACUCUUCUUGGAGAGAGGUUGAUGUUACAUACCAAUACUUUGACGAUUACAACGUACAACACACUGUAUGAGAUUUUGACUGAACAAGUAUGCACACAAGUUGUUCAUAAACCACAUCCAGAACCAGAUUCUACUGUGAAAAUUCAAAAUCCAAUGAUUCUGAAAGUGGUGGCCACAUUAUUAAAGAAUUCUGCACCAAGUACAGAACUCAUGGAGGUUCGGCGUUUAUUUUUAUCAGAUAUGAUCAAGCUUUUCAGUAAUAGCCGUGAAAAUAGAAGGUGCUUACUUCAGUGUUCAGUAUGGCAAGAUUGGAUGUUUUCUUUGGGAUAUAUUAAUCCCAAGAACUCUGAAGAACAGAAAAUUACUGAGAUGGUGUAUAACAUCUUUCGUAUUCUUUUAUAUCAUGCAAUAAAAUAUGAAUGGGGAGGAUGGAGAGUCUGGGUUGAUACACUUUCCAUAGCCCAUUCAAAGGUUACCUAUGAAGCUCACAAGGAGUACCUAGCAAAAAUGUAUGAGGAAUACCAAAGACAGGAAGAAGAGAAUAUCAAGAAGGGGAAAAAAGGGAAUGUGAGCACUAUCUCAGGCCUUUCAGCUCAGACAACUGGAGCAAAAGGUGCAAUGGAAAUUCGUGAAAUUGAAGAUCUUUCACAAAGCCAAAGUCCAGAAAGUGAAACAGACUAUCCAGUCAGCACCGAUACCAGAGAUUUACUCAUAGCAACAAAAGUAUGCGAUGAUGUGCUUGGAAGUGCAGAUAGACCCGGGAGUGGUGUACAUGUAGAGGUUCAUGAUCUGUUAGUUGAUAUAAAAGCAGAAAAGGUGGAAGCCACAGAAGUAAAGUUGGAUGAUAUGGAUCUGUCACCAGAGACUUUGGUAACCAGAGAAAAUGGUACCCUUGUGGAAGUAGAAUCUUUAUUAGACAAUGUAUAUAGUGCUGCAGUUGAAAAACUUCAGAACAAUGUUCAUGGGAGUGUUGGCAUAAUUAAGAAAAGUGAAGAAAAGGACAACGGUCCUUUAAUUACACUUGCUGAUGAUAAAGACGAACCUUCUCAUAACAGCACCUCAUUUCUCUUUGAUAAAAUAUCUAGCCAAGAAGAGAAGCUGCUCCCUGAACUGUCUAGCAAUCAUAUCACUAUUGCCAAUAUUCAAGAGACUCAAAUUCAUCUUGGUGUGAAUAAUGACCUUGGGCUUCUUUCUCAUAUGUCUAGCAGUACUGAUAUAGCAUGUGGCUCAAACAUAAUAGAAGACAAGGAAUUUAAAAUUCAUACUUCUGUUGAUACAAUUGAUUCACUAUCUGAAAGAGACUUGGCUUCAUCUUCUAAAGGAUUAGAAUAUACUGAAAUGGCAGCUACAACGCUUGAAACUGAGUCCUCUGGGAAAACUGUAUCAAAUGUGGAUGGAGGGAGCAUUAUAUCAGAUACAGAAAGGUCUGAUGAUGGAAAAGAAGCAGGGAAGGAAAUAAGAAAAAUACAGACAACAACUACAACCCAAGCUGUGCAAGGUCGUUCUAUUACACAACAGGAUAGAGACUUGCGUGUUGACUUGGGAUUUCGAGGAAUGCCGAUGACAGAAGAACAGAGGCGACAAUUCAGCCCAGGUCCACGAACAACAAUGUUCCGUAUUCCAGAAUUUAAAUGGUCCCCCAUGCACCAGAGAUUACUGACUGAUCUACUAUUUGCUUUAGAAACUGAUGUGCAUGUUUGGAGAAGUCAUUCUACCAAAUCAGUUAUGGACUUUGUCAAUAGUAAUGAAAAUAUUAUUUUUGUACAUAAUACAAUCCACCUCAUUUCUCAAAUGGUAGACAAUAUUAUUAUUGCUUGUGGAGGAAUUCUGCCACUGUUGUCUGCAGCAACAUCCCCAACUGGUUCUAAGACGGAAUUGGAGAAUAUAGAAGUAACUCAGGGUAUGUCAGCGGAGACAGCAGUAACGUUUCUCAGCCGGCUGAUGGCUAUGGUUGAUGUACUAGUAUUUGCCAGUUCACUAAAUUUUAGUGAAAUUGAAGCUGAAAAAAAUAUGUCUUCUGGAGGCUUAAUGCGACAGUGUCUAAGGCUUGUUUGUUGUGUUGCUGUGCGAAACUGUUUGGAAUGUCGACAAAGACAAAGAGAAAAGAUAAAUAAAUCUUCACUAAUCUGCAGUAAAACACAAGACACUCUUCAGGGCAUAAGUGCAACUACUACUGCCAAGACUCCAUUGGAAAAUGUUCCGAGUAACCUAUCCCCAAUUAAAGAUCCAGAUAGGCUUCUUCAAGAUGUUGAUAUUAAUCGACUGCGAGCAGUUGUAUUUCGCGAUGUGGAUGAUAGCAAACAGGCACAAUUUUUAGCUUUGGCUGUGGUUUACUUCAUUUCUGUUUUAAUGGUCUCCAAAUAUCGGGAUAUUCUUGAACCACAACGAGAAACUGCAAGGUCUGGAAGCCAGGCAGGUAGAAAUAUCAGGCAAGAAAUAAAUUCACCAACAAGUACAGUUGUGGUUAUACCAUCUAUCCCACACCCAAGUUUGAACCAUGGAUUCCUUGCCAAGUUAAUACCUGAACAGAGCUUUACCCACUCAUUUUAUAAAGAAACUCCUGCUGUAUUUCCAGACAAUAUCAAAGAAAAAGAAACUCCAACACCAAUUGAAGAUAUUCCAUUGGAAAGCUCUAUUCCUCACACUGAUUCUGGAAUUGAAGAGGAACAAAUACCCAGUAUUUUAAAUGGGACAGAUUUAGAAACAAGCCCUGGUCCAGAUGCUAUGAGUGAAUUACUAUCUACUUUGUCAUCUGAGGUGAAGAAAUCUCAAGAAAGUUUAACAGAAAGUCCCAGUGAAAUUCUUAAGCCUGCCUCUUCAAUAUCAAGUAUUAGCCAAAGCAAAGGUAUUAAUGUUAAAGAAAUAUUGAAAAGUCUGGUAGCAGCACCAGUUGAAAUUCCAGAAUGUGGGCCGGAUCCGAUUCCUUAUCCUGAUCCUGCACUGAAAAGAGAAGCUCAGCCUAUUCUUCCAAUGCAGUUUCACUCUUUUGACAGAAGUGUUGUAGUUCCAGUGAAAAAACCUCCCCCUGGAAGUCUAGCAGUCACCACUGUUGGAACUACCACAGCUGGAGGUGGGCUACCACCAAGCAGUACACCAAAUAUAUUUGCUGCCACAGGAGCUACCCCAAAAAGUAUGAUAAAUACAACAGGUGCAGUGGAUUCAGGAUCUUCAUCAUCAUCGUCAUCUUCUAGUUUUGUGAAUGGUGCUACUAGUAAGAAUCUCCCUGCUGUUCAAACUGUUGCACCAAUGCCAGAGGAUUCAGCUGAAAGCAUGAGCAUAACCGCGAAACUUGAAAGAGCUUUGGAAAAAGUGGCUCCUCUUCUUCGGGAAAUCUUUGUGGAUUUUGCCCCAUUCCUAUCUCGCACAUUGUUGGGCAGUCAUGGGCAAGAGCUCCUAAUAGAAGGACUGGUUUGCAUGAAAUCAAGCACCUCAGUGGUUGAACUUGUUAUGCUUCUUUGUUCACAAGAAUGGCAAAAUUCUAUUCAGAAGAAUGCUGGACUUGCUUUUAUUGAGCUCAUCAAUGAAGGAAGAUUAUUGUGUCAUGCAAUGAAGGAUCACAUUGUAAGAGUUGCAAAUGAGGCAGAGUUUAUUUUGAACAGACAAAGAGCUGAAGAUGUACACAAACAUGCAGAAUUUGAGUCUCAAUGUGCCCAAUAUGCUGCUGAUAGAAGAGAAGAGGAGAAGAUGUGUGAUCAUCUUAUCAGUGCAGCCAAGCAUCGUGAUCAUGUUACAGCAAAUCAGCUAAAGCAGAAAAUACUGAAUAUUCUUACUAAUAAGCAUGGUGCUUGGGGAGCUGUUUCAUAUAGCCAACUGCAUGAUUUUUGGCGCUUAGAUUACUGGGAAGAUGAUCUUCGCCGACGGAGACGGUUUGUUCGCAAUGCUUUUGGCUCCACCCAUUCUGAUGCAUUGCUUAAAGCUGCUGGAGAAUAUGGAACUGAAGAAGAUGUGGUAAAAUCAAAGAAAACCUUUCGAAGUCAAGCAGUUGUCAACCAAAAUGCUGAAACUGAACUCAUGCUAGAAGGGGAUGAUGAUGCCGUCAGUCUGCUGCAAGAGAAGGAGAUUGAUAAUCUUGCAGGGCCCGUGGUCCUCAGCACACCGGCGCAGCUGAUAGCCCCCGUGAUAGUGGCCAAAGGGACUCUCUCCAUUACCACCACGGAAAUCUACUUCGAGGUGGACGAGGAUGAUUCGGCCUUCAAGAAAAUCGACCCAAAA